AUCCCGUCUUGGCUGCACAAGCACACUGAUGAUCCUGCACUGAAGGAUUUUCUACCAUCACUCAAAGAUCAUUUACUAGACCAGCUGCUAGGACAUGCAUUUGAUGAUGACGAAGUGGACUAUAUGGAUGCUGAACAUGCUUCCAUGCUUAUUGUCAAUGACCAUCUAUAUAAACACAAGGUGCUGCGCAUCAACUACACUACCUACAACAUG